UGUCUCCCUCCGUACCAGAAGCGCGCGAAGCGGUGGCCGUUUGGGGACGCAAGAAGUCAGAAUAGAAUGAGGAUUCGAUAACAGAAACAAAUUAUCAUGAAAGGACGCAACAAAAUAUGAAACAAAUCAUUUACAGAGGAGUAAACGACAGAAAACUAUUUGGAAACUGGCUCCCUGCACUCGAAUUGUGAUGCUGGAUCUUCUAAGCGUCGCGUAUUCUUGGAAGCUGUAUAGCCGUGGUUUCAAAAGGGCUGUAUAAAAAGGUAUAAAAACACAAGUUUUCCCCGUGCUGGACGUUUAUAUAUUUAUUUUUGCAUCAGAAUAAUCGGGUGUGGCUAGUCUUUUUCAGGCUUACUUAGCAGCACAAUUCCAUAUAAAAUACCUCCCCCCCCAUCAACAACAACAUCGGCUACAGAAAAAAUGAGCUCCUAUUUUGUCAACUCCCUCUUCUCCAAAUACAAAAGUGGUGACACAUUACGUCCGAAUUAUUACGAGUGCGGUUUUGCGCAGGAACUGGGGACUAGACCCACCGUCGUGUACGGUCCAGGCACAGGAGCAACUUUCCAGCAUGCUCCACAGAUUCAGGAGUUUUACCACCACGGCGCGUCCACACUCUCGGCUGCACCUUACCAACAAAGUCCAUGUGCCGUAACCUGUCAUGGUGAACCUGGUAACUUCUAUGGCUACGAUGCUCUCCAAAGGCAAACACUCUUCGGUGCCCAGGAUGCCGACUUGGUCCAGUAUAGCGAUUGCAAACUUGCCGCGGGAGGCAUCGGUGACGAGACGGACAACGCGGAGCAGAGUCCUUCUCCUACACAGCUGUUUCCCUGGAUGCGGCCACAAGUAGCUGCCGGACGCAGACGAGGUCGUCAGACUUACAGCCGCUACCAGACACUUGAGCUGGAGAAGGAGUUCCUUUUCAACCCGUACCUGACACGCAAACGGCGCAUUGAGGUGUCGCAUGCAUUAGGACUGACUGAACGGCAGGUCAAGAUCUGGUUUCAAAACAGACGUAUGAAAUGGAAAAAAGAAAACAACAAGGACAAGUUUCCCAGUAGUAAGUCUGAACAAGAGGCGAUUGAAAAAGAGAAGCGGGAGAAGGAGCAGGCAGCUGGAGCACAGUCAGUAAAAGACGACUGCAAUAAAGCGAAACAAAUAUAGGACGGAUUUCGAGAGCAGACCGCAAUCACACACACACACACACACACACACACACACGCACACACACACACACACACACACACAGUAUAUAUAUAAAUAUAUAUGUAUAUUGCUUAAGGGGCGAGGACAACACUUUUUGGAACGUUUGUCGAAUAGAUUUCCAGUCUACUAUGAGUAGAUACACAUAGCUGGUCAAAUAGAUGAACGUUGAUGGAGAAAAAGAACUCUUUGUGAUUAUCGAACUUUAUUAUGACGAAAGACAUGAAGCAUUUGUACCUUUUCCUAAUGUUCAGAGAGUAGUGUGUAAAUUAGCCUCUUACUUCGUGGAAUAAAUAUUGUGAAAACUUGGUUUCUAUUGUUAGAUUUUUUAUUUUAACAUUAUCUCGGCAGCUGUAUAGUUUUUAAGUUAAAUGGUGCACUUUUAACUCUUGUCAACUCUUGUCACUUAUAUGUUAUGAUGACGUAUCGACUAAUGACAUCCAACAACAUGAAACUGCCUAUUUAUGCCGUAGCAUAUCUUUUUACACUUACUAAGUUUCUUUCUCAUCAAACUGAUGAGAUUUGGUUAUCUUCCUUUCUUGGGUAAAGCAUGCGCACAGUGGAAGAAAUGAGUGAAAAGGAAAUAAAAAGGAUGUAAUGUGACCAAUUGUUUACUGUGAGACAGAUUUUUGUACUGUAUUCGUGCAUUUGUUCAUUUAAAACUUGGCAAUAUGCUUUCAUUGUUCUUCACUUUGUUCUAUGGACUAAACCUUGAAAAGACAAAUAAAGUGGGCACAAUAAAGUUUA